UGACAGUCCUCCUUGCGCUCUGUAGUUCCCUCGUCUGAGAGAGAGAGAGAGAGAGAGAGGGGAGAGGUCUUUCCCGGUUGUAUUCAUCAGUGGUCCGUCGCUCCAGGUCCUUCUGCGGAUCAAGCAUCACCCCCAAGUGUCCUCAUCGAAAAGGAACACCGGAGUGCAGCGGGCGCGUGACCAGCAGAGCUCCAGAUUAGGGUGGCACACUCUAUAGCAUGCCGGCGACGAAACGUCUUAAACGGUGAACGGGCACAUUCUCUUGGGUGCGCCGGAGCUUGCCUCCAUAGGUAUUACCUCCUCAUCUUAUUGUGCUUGUGAUUGUCCACGCGAGGCGCAAACCCCCAAGUGGCGCGUCUUUGUCUAGCGGUGCACUUCAGGAAAAUCAUGAAAGACGGCAUGGCAAACAACAGCACAGCCAGCAUAUCUCAGGCAAGGAAAGCAGUGGAACAACUCAAAAUGGAAGCCUGUAUGGACAGGAUAAAGGUGUCCAAGGCUGCAGCGGAUCUGAUGGCAUAUUGUGAUGCUCACAUAAGAGAAGACCCUCUUAUUGUCCCAGUGCCAGCAUCUGAAAACCCCUUCCGGGAGAAGAAAUUUUUCUGUACCAUACUUUGAAACCUAUGUCCUGUGUAAGUCCAUCCACCUAGCUGGAGGUGGGAAGCAGUCAAGACCAUCCAGGAGUUGAUAUUUGGGCAACAGUUGCAAUUCCGCUUCCUAUAAGAGCAGUUUGCAGUUUGGAAGCUGCAGGGGACACUGAGGUUCAAUAGUUGGUGUUAUUUGAGUGUCUGUGUUUUGUUUAGGUUAAUUAUGCUUAUUUGUAGAAAACAAGCAUCACUCAGUGGUAAAAAAUAAAAGAAUUUCUGUAAGUGAUUUAGCUUUUAGAUCCACAGGAAGAGAAAGUGGAAAAGAGAAUCUCUCAAGUUAUUUAGAUACUGUAUAUUGUGUCCUGAGUUUUAUGAGGCAUGUAAAGAAGCUCUUUUUACUUUCAUUAUUACCUGCCUGGUUUGACAUUUUAAAAUAUGAAGCAGAAAAAAAACAAAUUUGAAUUUCUGGAUGCAGCAUUUUCACAUACUGAGUUGAGCAUUAGGUUGCUAACAGUACAUUUCAGAUACAGUAGCACAGCAUCAAACUAAUGUGCAAACUUCCCACUGAUGCCCUCAAGUGUACAUUUUUCGAAGAAGAGAAUAAUGGUAGGCAUCAUCAUUCUUUGAAGUCUUCACUUCUAAUGCCGCAUGUUGUGUUCAGCCUUUAGACACAUCAUCAGGUGUACUUUUCUUGAGGCACUGGCACUGAAAAAAAAUCAAAUAAAAGACUAACUGCUUUUUUUAAUUUAUGCAUUUCUGAAAUUCAUUUAAAGUGAACCUUCCUUGUGCUACUUUUGUUUCUGGUAAGUGGAACUUGCCCAUACUUUGGUGACAUCAUCUGUUUAAAAUAGAAUUAUUAUGUGUAUGUCUGAUCCAACUUUCCUCCUAGUUUGUUUUUUUAUAAGAAGAUGUACAUUUUUAAAAGGCAUUGUUUUAUAUUCUAACAAAUGAACACAAAACAAAAUUUAAAUAUAGUGCCUUUCCAAUUUGAAAACCAUUCUAAGGCAUUUUCCAAUGUACAACUGUCUUUUUAUUUGUAGUCAUGGAGCACUGGCAGGUUAAGUGACUCAGAGUCACAAAGUAAUUGGGAUGAAACUGGCAACCGUGUGGAUUAUAGAGUCCAGUGCUGUAGCCAAUAGGGGACGUACUGCCUGACUCCACGAAAAACAUGUUGUGCUACUGGUACAGUGGACCUUUGUAAAGGUCUUGUUUGCAUGCACACACUUCAGAAUCUACUUAACAAUCUAAAAUAUAUUUAGAAUUUAGUGCACAGAAAACUUGAUUAUUAAAUUCCUCACAUAUUUUAGCAACAAACUGAGGUUGGAAACAUUUAAUGUAAAACAAUCCAUUCUUACUUUUUGUUGCAGUGAACACUGCUAAAUGUUUUUAAGUAUUAGUGUUUUAUUAUAGAGCCCUUAGCCUGUGUGCAAAAUAUUUGUUUAAAAAAAUGCCUUAUUUAUUAGCUGUGGUGACUGUUCUCCAUUUACAAGAGUCUACCUUGUUAAUCUAGCAGGUUAUGAUGUAAGAUCGUAUUAAUAUCUCAGAGUGCUUUACUUGUAUUAUAAAACUAAGGGAGUAGUUAAGCAUUUUUUAUUAAACCACCUUUCAUGGCAAAUAUCCAGCUUUAAAUGUACAGUAUGACUAAUAAACCUGAUAUAACUCCUUUCAUGAAUGACACUUGACUAGGAUUACAUACAGUAAACAAUACAGCUGUCACAAUUGUCAGUCCUUAUUUCAUAUAGUGAAUGAUUUACAUCUAACAUUUUAAUUAGCCUUAAUGUGACGUAGUAUUUUGCAUUUCAUACAAAUUCAGUCAAAGAUUGUGUUUCAUGUACAGUCCGUCUAACAUAAACAUUGGCUUUUAUUUGGUAUCAUGCCUUUCAUAAACGAUACCGAUCCAGAGUGCUUUCCAUAUUUGAUACAGCAAAUAGAGCAAUAGGCUGUUAUUUCAUAUAGCAUCUUUAAACAUACAAUAUCCCAUAGUGCUUUACUAUUGUAUUACAUAUACAUUAGAAAUCAGUGUUUAUUUCGUUUAGCAUUUUUAAUGUUGAACAAUAUGCCAGAACGUUUCCUGUAUAUGGAAGAAUGAAUGUUAACAGUUGAUCUUUAUUUGCUGUAGCACCAUCCAUACUGAAUGAACUCCAAAAUCAAUUUCCAUCUGUUAUACUUGAAAGCAUAUCCAGUUGCAGUCUGUUUUUUAUAUGGUGCAAUAUUACACAGAAAAAAAAUCUAGCAUUUUUUUUUUGUUUAAAUACUUCACAGGAAGCAUUUUACUAACAAGUGUGUUCAUAAAGAGUAAGACUUUAUGGAGUUUUUUUACAUGUCAUUCGUAGUGUUGCAUGUGCUCGAGAAUAGAAGCAAGCAAGGCCAUGUUUGUGACUUCUGCUUUUCAAUUAUUACAGCAAACACAGCCACAAAAUAUUUUUUUUCUAAACACUCUGUAGGUCCAGGUUUUGAUUCUGCUUGGCAUGUGACUGUUUAUAAUGUACAGUGUUUAAUUGUUAAAUGCUGUAAAAACAGCUAAUUUAGCUUCAAAUACUGUGAGUCAGAAACAUCUGAUGAUAGAAAUUGAAGAAAAGCACAACUUUAGAUAAUUGCUUACCAGAUUCUUGAUUCCCCACUUAAGUUUUAUAAAAUGCUAUAGAAAUGUUUUUUAAGUGAUGAGGGUGCUUUGAGCUUAAACUUGAAUUCCCAGCUGUUUUGUAAAGUAAUUUUGUAUCAUGUAAAGUAACGUAUAAAAUGCAAAGAGGUCUGUUAUAUCAAAAACAUUGAAAAUAAAAGUAUGCUUAACUUUUGCAGCUCAUUCAAGGUGAAGGGCACUCUUUUAAACAUGUUAAUGAAGUGUUAGACCCAAGUCAACAAUAUUGAAAGAAAAAGCAAUAUAUUUAGGUUGUGCUCACUUAAUUACAAAUACGUUUUGAGUGAUUAACAGGUUCAUACAUUUUUGUGCUAUUUAUGGGGAUUAUCUAUUGUUUAGGAAAAUAAAGUUGGUUAAGUAAUGUUGUUAGUGGUAAUGGACUACAGAAGUAAUUACUUGAUGCUAACUAUGGCAGUCUGCUAGGUGAAGAAAGCUGUUUGAUGAAUGGCUCUUUUACACUCUUAAGACAAGCAGAAUUGAUUGAUGAAUGGAACCAAUGCAGGAAGCAACAAAGUGCAUUCUCUCACAAGGGACAUUAAAACUUGAUUGCCUCUAGAGCUGGGAAUAUCCUGAGGUGAUGAAAGAUGUAAGUUUUUCCAGCUACACAAACUGAAGAGCCAAAUAUCUGUGUUCCGCUUGUAUAAAAUCAAAGUAAGCCUUGAAGCAUUCACUCUCCUAACUCUUUAACUUGAAUCGAUGUUCAAUCGCACACUCAGUAUGUGAGAUUUCUGGUGAAGGAUAGCAGAAGUAUGGCCACUUAAACCCUAAUGUUUGGAGAGAAUAGUAACUGAAGAGUUAGUCCAGCUUCAUGAAAGACUUUAUUACAUGCAGUGCAUCUGCAUGUGCUCCCCAAUAUUUAGUGCCUCGGCCUUCACAAUUUGUUAUAUAUAAGCUACCUCUAACAAUCACCCUUUACUUUAGCUGGCAAACACAAGCUGCUUCAAAGAAAUUUGAUUCAUUUUGCUAAGUAUUCAAUAUUGAGGCCUUAUACUUAGUUUUGUUUAAGGGGGGUUCAUAGUAACCCCUGUCCAACUUAGAAACUCCACCACCACAUUUUAACUUACAAGA